UCUUGUAAUGGCUGUCUAAACGUAAAAAUGGUGAACUAUUGGAUAUUUAUAAUGUUUUCGUUGUUAAUUUCAAAUUAUAGGAACAGAUGACGACGAAAUUUCCAUCUUCGUCGCAGCCUGUGCCAAUUGGGUUGGGAAAAAUAGCGCGAUAAACCAAGAAAUUGGGAAAAAUAGCGCGAUAAACCAUGAAAUUGCAAAAAAUCAAGCAUUACAAAUAUGAUUAACUCUGCAGGUGGACUUAACAUCCUUUCUCCAGAAGCAAAAGAGUUUGUUCCACGCCAGCUCUCGGACCCGAGCCCGGCAUUUGGAGGCCCAGCGCCCUUUGACCCCGCAGUUGCUGCGGGUGAUGGGCUGCUAGGUCCCGGGCCCCUUUGCUCACAAUCCGUGGAUGUGAUCCCUAGAUACAUGACCACCUGUUACCCGUUUGUGGCCACCAGUGAUGCAAGGCUGGGCAGUCACCCACGGUUACCCGGAAAGUUUGACAAUCAAGUGUUUAUGCCCCAGUUUCAUGCAGCAGGUGUGAGACAACGGUUCCAGCAGCCGGGUACCAAUGGCUUCACCCUUCCCCCCACCUGGAACCAGCAGCCGGGAGGUGUGUGCUUUGGAGGCCUCCCUAGAAUACCCAAUGGCAUGCCGUUCGAUGGCGGCACCUUUCAGAAUGGCGUACGACCGCUGGGCUUUCCACAGAUGUUCCAUAACCAGUCUUUGCGACCUCUAAAUGGUGUAGUGGAUCCUUCAAGAGUAUUGUUAGGGGUGGAGCAUAACGAAGACGUGUGCAUGACAGAGAAGGCUGACAGUGAUGACACCUCUAGAACAGUGGCCUUGCAGACAGACUUUCCGGCAGAGAUAGCGGAUUCAUCUUUGGACGAUAUGCCAAACACGCUGUUCCAGAAGAACUUCUCUAACAUUCAGAACAAUAUAGGUCAAGACACAAAGACAAAAUUUAAAAACAAGCCUUCUGUCUCAAACGUUCAUAUUCAAAUGCUGAUGUGCCAUCAUCCACACAGUCAUUGAUGACAUCAUCAGUUCAAGGUGAUCAUGUGACUAAAUUGCAUUCUGGAAAAUCUGGCACAUUGCCAAAAGAAGAAACUAGGUCAGGGUCAGAUGCUAAUUUUAAUGGUUCAUUAGAAUCAACACAGUAUUUAUCCAGUGGUGCAAAUGUGCCUUAUCUAAAUAAUAACCCGACUGGAAUAUCAUAUGCAAGUGUUGCUCAAGGUAGGCCUAGUCAGAGUAAUUUGAGUAGUAAAAAUGUCAAUUUUUCACAUGUUUCAAAUAAUUAUAUUUAUAGAAGUUCUGUUUCUCUGGCAACCAGUGAUGCUAAAACCUGUGAUACUAGUUCUAAGGAUAGUUUAGGGUUGAAAAGUGGGAACAAGGCCCGCUAUGGUACGAUAAAUGUGCUGGAUAUUAUCAAUGACCUAGAAAAAGCUGAUCUUAAAAAUGAGGAGAGCAAAAAUGAGGUGAAAAAUAAGGUAAUGGAAAAGGAUAAAGUACCAAGUGAUAAAUUGAAUAUUACUGCUCAAGAGUUCAGGCCAAGUGCUGCAUAUCAAAUAAACGGGGAGGUUGCCUCCCUUAGUCAAAGUGUGAAUGCAGUAGCCUCCCCUGGGAGUUAUGGAAUACCACAACUGCCGCCUCAUUUUCCUAUGCAAGGGUGGCCAUGGACUUCUAAGGAGAAUAUGAUGCAGGUUAACGGCUUAAAGUUUGUGCCUGGGGUGGGAGAAAUGUCAUGGCAACCAAUGUUCCCUCCACCAAUACCUCCAGUGAACUCUCAAGGUCACAUAGGUCUUAUAGGCCCCAUCAGUUUCUCUGACGCAGUGCGUCGUCCACCAUCAACCCAAAAUUUAGCUAACCCAGUCUGCAAUGCAACCAAUGUAACCAGCACUAACACAAACGCCGGCCAGGGUUCAACAACUGAAGCUGACGGUGAACAAAAGAAGAAAAAACGUAGAAGACGGCGACGGAAAAAAGAAGAACAGUGAGUCUGCGGGCGAUGGGGAAAAUGUAGACUGUGAUGACGCGUGUUCUGGUGCUAACGAUGAUGUGAUCCUCCAUUUUGAAGAUGAGGCGGAGUUCCCGGACCUGGCAUGUGGGACGGGACGGAGCGUCGAGCGUCCGACGGCAAGUGUGGUGACGUCAUAUGGAGACGUGCUGAAAAAUACUCAGGUGCAAUCUACAUUGUCUUCACAGGACGAUUCGUGUGCUCAGCUCUCUAACUCAGGUGAGUGCUGUUGUCAUAGUUACCUUCCUCUGACUGAAUGAUUCUGAGUGACUGAAUGAGUACC